AUGAAACUUACUGCAACCUUUUUCAUCCUCAUUUUGGCAGUCUGUAUGCUCUUAUCGCCUGCCAUGGUGUCUUCUGCCUACAUCCCAACUCAGCAACCUGAAAUUCGAGAUCUAAAACUAUCGCAUCCUUUUGAAAUCCGAAAAGUACAGGCAAAGAACGAGGAAAGGGGUUGCCUGGGUGGACCAUGGUGCUGGUAG